CGUGUUGAUCGGGUUUCUUUUCUUCCUUUUUUUAUCUUUUUUCUUUGACUUGACUUAUCCAUGACGGGUAGUAUACUGAUAUCAAUAUAGAUAGGUGCGAAGGAAGUAUAUAGCAGAGUAAUAUAUAUAUCGACAGAUUAGCAGUGGAAGUUGGAGGAGGGAACUCGGCUAUUAUCCUCCCUAGACAUGGGCAUUCGGAAUUUAGACAACAAAUCCAACAUGACCAACAUUUUGUCAAAUUACACUGGUCUAAUCAACCUUCCACUUGAGCUGUUAAUAUAUGUCAUCGACUUUAUGAGAAAAGUCGACUCUUUAUUACCACUCUCUUCAGUCAGCGGGCUAUUCUAUUAGCUAUAUACCCCCAGUGUUUUCAGAACACUCAAGAUAGCUUUCUCGAGUGCUGGGCUGGACCGCUUGGUUUAAAUAUCUCAGUCUCGGGUCGCCUCACACGUUCGAGCAAUUGUUUAUAAGAUUCCGGAAUGAAUUACCCCUC